UUCUCUAAAUCAAGAUCUCGGAUUUUAGGUGAUAAGAGUAACAAAUCACUCCCAAUUACUCUUAUCACCACCAUUUUGUUUUAACGAGUAUGAAGGAAAAGGGUGAAUCAGGGCAGGAAAGAAAAGAGAAUCCAAAACAAUGGACGCUGGAGAGCAUUGCGAUCGAUAAGAAUCCGGCUGGUGUUGAAGUUUCUCGGAAAUCCAUUUCCCAAGAAAAACAACAGGCAGACUUGUCGGGGAAAGCCGGAAGGAAUCCGAGUAGUUCUCAAGGGUUAAAUCGGAAUGUUUCGAAGGCGUCAUCCUUUAGGAAGCUUAUGAGUACCGCUAGGAAGAGAACAAAUGGACCUCCUCCAACCGGUAUUCAUAGAUUGGACAGAACUGCUUCUUCUGCUGCAAAAGGGCUUGAGAGUCUACGUUUCCUUGAUAAAAAGGUCACGGGGAAAGAUUCGGAUGCUUGGAAACCAACAGAAAAGCGCUUCAACCAGUUUGCGGUCGAGGGGAAGCUCCAUAGGGAUAAAUUUGGCAUCUGCGUUGGAAUGGGAGAUUCCAAGGAAUUCGCAGAGGGACUAUAUGAUGCUUUAGCAAGGCGUAAAGGUUUGAACCCAGAAGAAGGGAUAACCAAGGAAGAGUUGCAUUCAUUCUGGGAUGAAAUUACUAAUCAAAAUCUCGAUUCAAGGCUUCAGAUUUUCUUUGAUAUGUGUGACAAGAAUGGAGAUGGUAAGCUGUCAGAGGACGAAGUGAAGGAGAUUAUAAUGUUGAGUGCCUCCGCUAACAAGCUUGGGAGACUUAAAGAUCAAGCCGGAACAUAUGCAUCUUUAAUCAUGGAAGAGCUUGAUCCUGAUCACUUGGGAUAUAUAGAGCUAUGGCAGCUAGAUAUUCUACUAAGGGGAAUGGUUGCCUCGAAUGACCCCAAGCCUGCCUGCAAGCGGGAGAAGAGCCUGGCAAAAGCUAUGAUCCCUAAAAACUAUAGAACUCCAAUCAGCAGAUACAAGACCAUAACUAUAGAAUAUUUAAAUGACCACUGGAGAAGAAUAUGGGUUAUUUUCCUUUUCAUGGCCGUAAACUUAGGCCUCUUCUACUGGAAGUAUGUCGAGUUCAUUGGUUCACCUACGUAUCAGAUCACAGGCUAUUGUGUCUGCGUUGCUAAAGGUUCAGCUGAGGCUCUCAAGUUCAACAUGGCUCUUGUUCUCCUUCCAGUGUGUAGAAGAACUCUCACUUGGCUUAGAUCUUCAUUUCUCAACCAGUUUUUCCCUUUUGAUGACAAUAUAAACUUCCACAAGUUGGUUGCUUUGGCAAUAGCCAUUUGGUCCACCGUCCAUACGUUUAUGCAUCUCGCUUGUAAUUAUCCGUUAAUAGCAAGUUGCCCCAAAGCAAAAUUCAUGGCAACUCUUGGACCUGUCCUUAAUUACAAGCAGCCAACUUAUGCAGAUCUAGUAGACAAUGUUGUCGGCAUUACUGGGAUACUUAUGGUGGUUAUUAUGUUGUUUUCGUUUAUUCUGGCAACACAUAAUUUUAGAAGAAAUGUUGUCAAAUUACCUUGGCCAUUUACCACCUUGGCCGGCUUCAAUUCCUUUUGGUAUGCACAUCAUUUGCUGAUCUUGGUUUAUGUCCAAAUGAUCCUCCAUGGUUACAUCCUCAUCUUCGAAAAGCCCUGGUACCAGAAGACGACUUGGAUGUAUCUCAUUGUCCCAAUGUUACUCUAUGCUAGAGAGAGAUUCCUUACCAGGUUCCAGGAUCACAAGCAUGUGGUCCAUGUCAUUAAGGCAGUGAUAUAUACAGGAAAUGUUCUAGCCAUAUACAUGACCAAGCCUCCUGGAUUCGAGUACAGAAGUGGAAUGUAUCUGUUUAUCAAGUGUCCAGAUGUAUCAAAAUUUGAGUGGCAUCCAUUUUCCAUCACUUCGGCACCUAAAGAAGACUACUUGAGCGUCCACAUUCGGGCCCUAGGGGACUGGACUUCUGAACUAAGAAAUAAAUUUAAAAAGGUUUGUGAACCCCCCACUGUGGGAGGAAAAAGAGGAGAGUUACUGAGAAUGGAAACUAAGACAGUAAAUCAUGCAUCAGGUUCAAGUAAUUAUAAAGGCCCACAACAGGAACAACAAAAUUUUCCAGAGAUCUAUAUCAAAGGGCCAUAUGGAGCACCAGCUCAAGACUAUAAUAAGUAUGACAUCCUCUUUCUUAUUGGCCUGGGAAUUGGAGCAACUCCAUUUAUCAGCAUCAUAAAAGAUCUGCUCAGCAACAUCAAACCAGACGGUAAAGAAGAAGAAAAUUGCAGCUGUUUGAAGACUGGUAGGAAGUAUCCUGAAAGGGCAUAUUUCUAUUGGGUGACCAGGGAACAAGACUCCUUCGAAUGGUUUAAAGGAGUUAUGGAUGACAUUGCAGAAUUUGACAAAAAUAAAAUGAUAGAGAUGCACAACUACUUAACAAGUGUGUAUGAAGAAGGCGAUGCACGGUCUGCACUCAUUGGCAUGGUGCAGAAAAUGCAACAGGCUAAGAAUGGAGUUGAUAUUGUCUCAGAAAGCAGGAUAACAACACAUUUCGCAAGACCAAAUUGGAGGAAAGUUUUCACUGCAAUGGCUAACAAUCACCCAGCUUCGAGAAUAGGUGUUUUCUACUGUGGAAGUGCUACACUUACCCAAGUAUUAAAGAACCUAUGUCAUGAAUUUAGCUUAGAGACAUCAACUCGGUUCCAAUUUCACAAGGAGAACUUUUAAUAAAGAAAUAGUUUCAAAACUGGCUUUACGACACCAAAUGAUGGAUAGAGUUGAAGAAACUGGUUCGUAGAGACACAUCCAAAGAGGAGAAAUUUGUGCAAUCAAUCCAAUAUUAACACAUUGUAAAACCCUUAGGAUACAACUUCAAUUUUCAUGCUGAUUUCAUUUAUACCAUUUAAAUUA